AUUAGCUUGCUAUUUACUACUUGUACAAAUCAAUCAAGACAUCUCAAGUGUUUUAGUCUUCUCUAAAAGCAAGCAGAAAUGGAGACCAGUGCAGCGAGUGUGUCUCGUACAGGUAGCUUCAGGAAGAGAGCUUUGGAGGAGAGGGAAAGCUUGGAUAUGGACGUGGAUUUGCUGCCAUCAAAACACGAGAGAGCUCCCAGUGAAAAUGAGAUGGACGUCAGUGCAAACUCAAACACAGUGCAAGAUGAGAUUGAGGCUCACUUUCAACGCAGUUUGGCCCAAGCCAAGAGUGGAGCACCACCACUCACACCCUCACACACCCACACCACACACUCACAAUCAUCACAUUCUCAUCAGCCCACAGAGAAACAUGCACGAGUCACAACAUCACCGACAGGCUCCACGCCCACGCACGAACACGAAUCACAUCGAAUCGUCGUCGCCCUUAACAACCAUGCGACCUCACCUCUCGACCACUCCUCGAGGCAGUCACCCACCACCACACUAGCCAACGGACUUCAAACUAACCUACCCGUACCCGUCAGACCAGUUUCUAAAACCAGUUCAACGAGUGUUUCAACCCCUCGAAACUUGCAGAGAUUUUCGCCCCCCAGUGGCGGCUCUCCUGUUAGCACUUCAGUUCAUACGCUCCCUAUGUUGACUAUUCCGUCAGGGGGAAUUGUGAAUUCAGACUCAGGGGGUACGAUUUUAUCGCCAGCACUGACCCCUCAACUUGUUCAACAGUUUAUGGCCCAGCAGAGUUUGUCCUUCCUUCAAGAGCAGCAAAAACAGCACCGACAGAACCACGUCCAUCAGCAACAGGGUUACACGAAGAUAAAUCCAAAUUUAAUUACCCAGAUACCAAACUUGGUAUCACUGAAUCAAAACAUUUCAUCGAAGGGCUUACAGAUUAUAGACUUAACAAAAAAUCAACUUGCCUCAUUACCGACACAAGCUCAAAGGUCAAUUCAGGGUCAAUGUUUGCCGAAACCUCAUCCAAAUGUUGUGUAUGUUUCGAAAGACGGAACUCAAGUUACACCGCUUGUUACCAUGGGAACAGGAAAUAUCGGCGGAGCUCUACGAGUGCUUAACCCCAGUGGAGCUCAAUUAAAUCCUCAAACCAAAGCAAUCAACAAAGCAGCUUCGUCUACACUGGUUACCGCGACGACGACCCAGCCGACCCCAGCGGUGACGAGCACCCUUCUCUCCAAUUCUCAGCUGGUCGGUGGUCAGGGAUUUCCCCCUAUGAUGGUCCCAAUGAUGGACCCCAACACGUCACAGAUGAUGACAGGUGUAACCAGUGGUAACCAGAUCGUGUUCCUGUCAGCACCGCCGGUCGUGCAACAACAACCUGUCGUUCUUAUCAACCCAAAUGACCUCUCGGCCUUACAGCAAUUGCAAACAGGUGGUGUACAGCCCGGUAUUAAUCUUCUCAGUUCUGGCUUCACGUUCCCAAGUACCUCAGGGGGUCCCGGCUACAUCAUACUAUCCCCGGGGCAGAAGUCCCCCUCAUUCGCGCCCCCUCUAAUCAACAUGGCUCAAACGACAGGGGCCUCCCCAAUCAUCACCAUGGCCAUGCAAAAUAGUUCACCACCUCCCCUCACGGCCACACCCCCACUGCUAACCAAGACUAACCGCGCCUCCCGAACAAAGAUACCCCCUCUAGACCCCCCACAGAGACGGACCUCGUUAGACUCAAUUUCCCCAGGGGCAGAAGAUAACGAUGAUGUAAUGAUGACACCUGCAUCGGUUGAGGAUCAUUUUGCAAAAGCUCUCGGAGACCAAUGGUCAAAGUUACAAACUGGAAACGAUUUCAACGGUCACCCAAGAUCCAUACAAACGGCACAAACAUAGAAAUACGUUACACUCUUUCAAACUGCAUACUAUACUGCUUCUACAGGUGUAUAUAAUUACAGUCGCUAUAAUUAUAAUAACUAUUAUUUGUGUGUUCAAAUUUCCAUCAAAAGCUUUAUCAUUUUCAUUUUACACUAUUUCUGGCAAUACUUUCACUGCUGUGUCUUUAGUUUCAUCUUUUUAUUCUCCUUUGUCGCACACAAACCCCCCCCAGCUCCUUGUUUCAGUGCAAUCAAGUCACUAAUCAUUAAUUGUCUUUCUCUAUUAUAAGCAUCACUGCUUCACAGGGUGUGUAUAUGUGUGUUUGCUGAUUACUAAAGUGAUGAGUGAUGUUGACACCGAGUCUAUCGUAUAAUGACUUGAUAAGAAA